CCCAUCAAACCGGUCCAAAACUUUUGAGAUUAAAUGUGCCCAUGACUUUCUCUAAGGCUGGAGGGGCGUGACAGUGUCAGUUUUUAACUAACUUUACCUCGAUUAAUAAUUUGGCUUAACAGUCGCAGUCGGUGAACCAACAACAGGAUCACCAGAUGGCUGGACUGUCUCUUCAAUAUCCACUCAGAACAAUCAGUUUUUUCAUCGUCCAUCUUCUAUCACACUUCUGUACAGGUCACUCUCAGUUAAUUGGUUCUCCUCGGCCAAUAGUGGCAAAAGUUGGCGAUGACGUCAUCUUGCCAUUUCAUCUGCAGCCUGCAGUGGAUGUUGCUGCCAAGACUUUUGAGUGGGCAAGACCAGACCUGAACCCCAGAUUUGUUUAUGUGUGGCGUGCUGGUCAGGACAUUGUAAAAAUAAAAAAUCCUUCCUACAAAGGAAGAACAACUCUGUUCACUGAUGAACUGAAGCACGGAAACAUUUCACUGAAACUCUCCAAAGUGAAACUUUCUGAUGAGGGGAGAUACAAAUGUUACAUUCCAGAUAUGAACACAGACGCCUCCGUUGAGCUUGUUGUUGGGGCCGUCUCCUCACCUGUCAUCAGUUUAGCAGGGAUUGACAGACACAAAGGGGGAGUGGUGUUACAGUGUGAGUCUGCAGGCUGGUAUCCAGAGCCUGAGGUGUUUUGGCUGGACGGUGAGGGAAACCUCCUCUCUGCUGGACCUACAGAGACAGUCAGAGGUCCUGAUGACCUCUAUACUGUCAGCAGCAGAGUGACUGUGGAGAAGAGACACAGCAACAGCUUCACCUGUAGAGUCCAACAGAAGGACAUCAACCAGACCAGAGACACUCACAUCCAGGUUCCAGAUGAUUUCUUUGAGGUCCAGUCCAGUUUGUCCCCCAUCACGGUUGGAUUGGCUGUUUGUUUGGUUGCUUGCAUCAUGAUCAUUUUGUUACUUAUCUUUUCUGUGUGGAAAUGGAGACAGAACAUAAUCAACUGCAAGAGAAGCCACAGGGAUGAAACUGAUGAAGGAGAACAGAAUGACCGCUUUAAAAGUAACAAAACUGAAGUUCAGGUUAACACUGAAGCAGAAAGAGAGCAGCUCAUGACAGAUGAAACAGUGCCAACGAAGGAUUUGAAGAACAGAAAAGGGGAAAGGGAGAAAACACAUCCUGAAGAAAAACUAGCUGAAACUGAAAAGCAGCUCCAGGAUGAGAAGAGGAGGAGGGAGGAAGCUGAAAAACAAAGGGAGAGCAUACAGAAAGAGGUCGAGAAGCUCAAAGAGGAGAAGCAGAGGAGUGAGGACGAAAAGAAGCAGCUACAAAAGCAGCUGGCGACCAAGACAAAAGAGAAUGAGAACAUCAAAGAGGCAGCUGACAGGAACAAAGAGGAGCUGAAGGAAACUCAAGAAAAGUUGGAAAAAAGGAAUGCUGAGAACAGGGAUCUGAAGAAAGAAGUCGAGAAGCUCAAAGAGGAGAAGCAGAGGAGUGAGGACGAAAAGAAGCAGCUACAAAAGCAGCUGGCGACCAAGACAAAAGAGGUCGAGAAGCUCAAAGAGGAGAAGCAGAGGAGUGAGGACGACAAGAAGCAGCUGCAGAAGGAGCUGGAGACAAAGACAAAGGAGCAGCCUCACCAUGAGCAGAAGAUAGCAGAGGAAGCUGAGAAAAACCUGGAGGAGCGCGAUAACACCAGUACUGCCAAUCAAGGACCAUGAGGAAAGGUUACUGUCCAUCACACCAAAAUGCUGAUCAGUAAAUAAUGCUGUAACAUUAAACAUCAGGAACAGCACGACUCAGAUCUUCCUGUAAAAACACAUGUUGUAGUGACGUCCAGUGAACACGAGAUCACAUCACAUCCUGAUCUGAAAUCAACAAAAUGAGACUUUUUUUAUUAAUGUUGAAUCAAAUCUUGUUACAUUUUUGUUUUUCUGGUAUUUUCAACAAUUCAGAACACUUUUUGUCUGAAAGUUCUGAACUCAAGACAAAGACUAAAAUAAUUUAAACUCUAAACCAAAGUGUGAGUUUAUGUAACUCUGAAACCUUUUUAUUUAUUUUUGCUGAAUUGAAAAUGUAUAUUAAAAAGUAGAUUUUUUUUGUUAUCCUUUGUCGUGUUGUUAUUCAGUGUUUUAU